AUGUUCCACGUACAGAGAAUUGUACGUGCGAGUGCGGGUAGGCGGUUGACAGCAAGGGGCACGGCUUCGAACGCGGAAGCAGAAAAACAGAACGUCAGCCCGGUGCAACGGCUACACGUAUCGGAUGCCCUCAUCAAAGAGCUGCCAAUCGAAAGACAAUCGUUAACGCGGGGUCUGGCGAUGGACAAAUUUGAGAAGGACUUUUUCAUCUACCCUGAGCACCAGGAUGCCGAUGAUUUGCGGAAUAUCGAGGGUUUUGUGAAAGUCCUCAGGGAUUCGCUGCAACAAUCUGUUGAUUCUGGCGAGAUUGAGAAAAGCGGAACGCUGAGUGAAGUGGUCAAGCUGGCCCUGGAUAGAAACGCGAUAGUGAGCACCCUUGUCCCAAGCGCAUUUCAAGGCCUUGGCUUCACGAACAAGGACAAAAUCCGCGUAUUUGAGGAACUAAGCAUCGAUUUCUCGAUCAGCUCGAUGAUGCAAGCCACCAAUUCGGCCGUCAGCCUGUUGAUACAUUUUGGCAGCAGCGAGCAAAAGGAGAAAUAUCUGCCCCGGAUCGUCGACGGGCGUUGCCGACCUGGUUUUGCGUACAUUGAGCAGGGGUCCCAGGCACCGUUUGCUGAAAUUUACGGGAGCGGACAGCAACUAUUGCUGGAGGGGAAAUUUAAGGCCGUGAAUCCUCAAUCUGCAAACCUGAUGUUUGUGUUUGCCUUGAAGAGAGACCCAGUAGACAACAAACCGAAAUUGUCGUGUUUCCUCAUCGACCGCAACGAGUUGGAUGACGGGUCCAAAUGGGAUGGGAAACGGGACGGCACGCUUGGCUUGAAGGCCUUUGAGUAUGGUGAUCUCAGCAUACGUUGCUCCAUUUCGGAUGACGCGCUUCUGGGGGAGGAAGGCAGAGGCCGAGACGUCGCCAAUGAGCUGGUCGCCAGCGGGCGGAUGCCGUUCGCAGCAGCGGUCAGCGGUUUCGCCAAGCGGCUGGUCGAUGAUUUGUCGACGCUCUGCAAUCAAACCCCGUCCACGGCUACGGAAAAUACCGUUCUCGCGUCGUCAAGCAGUGUACAACGGCUACUAACGCACCUUUCAACAAAGGUCUAUGCUUUGGAAGCGGUGACCUACUAUCUCGGCGGGAUCAUUGAUGAGAAUAUGCCGAUUCUUGUCGACAUUGAAUCUGCCUUGAUGCAUAGAUUAGCUCGAGAAACGUUGAAAGAAUGCGUGUCGGCGAUCGUCGAAUUGAGCGGCUCGAAGGGGAUUGAGAUCGGCCCCAGAUACGAGAAAUGGAUCCGCGAUAUUUCGACGCUACUCGCUAUGAAUUCGGAGGGAAAUGUGACUGAAGAAGUUGCGAUGAGCACACUAUCGUCGUGGGCCGUCACAAAUUACUCACAUGCCAAGUCCAGCAUCCAGCGAUUUUUCAAGAUGGCCAGCCACGAGAAGCAGUUGGCCAACCCGAAAUUGAAACAUUUCAUCGCCGAGCACGCACAUCCGUCGCUUCAGGAUGCAGCGCAGGAGCUCGAGUUUACGAUGAGCCGCGUCCACGCCAUUUUGGACAAGUUGAUCGCGGAGCGGGGAAAGAACCUGGAGGCUGACUACGCCUCAAUGGAGAACCUGGUUAGAGUACUGCAAAACAACCUGAUAAUGGUCGCCGUCAUCUCACGGGCGACACGCUCCUACUCGAUCGGGCUGCGAAACAGCGAUCUGGAGAUCUUUUUCGCGACACAAUUGUGCACAAGGCUCUCACGCUCCUCCUGGUUCGAACUCGACGCGUUGAGCAACCACUUCAACCUGCUCAAACUCAACCCAAGCCUACUGUCGGCCGGCCGGGCCGUCCUCGAGAUGGGCGGCUACAAGAUUGAGAACCCGUUUGAACGGAAUUGG